UGCACGUCUGGACAGUGAGUAGCUGGAUUAACCAUAAAAACACUCAAAGCCUUACAGAUACAGGCAGGGGCUAGAUGUGCUUAUCUAUUCAGCACGUACUCUGCCAUCACCCGGCCGUCUGUUUACCUUCAGAGGGGUGCUGUGUGGACAAUGAUUGACCGGGGAACUGGGAGGGUUUCUGGGAGAAGAAACGGCAGGUGAUUCCUUUCCACUCUCCAAGGUGCGUCUGUGCUGCUCGGACGAUUAUUUCCAACUUUGGUCUUCCGCAAGACAGUCAGGAGAUCAUGAUGAAGGCCACCACUACUGUCCCGCUCCUGCUUCUGCUGCUGCAGGGGGCAGCCACAGCCCAGGAAGACAGGGAGCAGCGGGUGCUGAAGCCGUGGAUGACCGGGAUAAUGGCAGUGACCGUCUUCCUCUUCCUGGUUUUCGUGGUCUUCCUCGUCAAAAAGUCGUGGUGCGGGGACUCCAGUAACGAGGAGGAAGUGGCCCAGGGCAAAGACUACAACAGGACUAACGAUUCCAUGUGCAACACGAAUCUGAACAUGGUCAGGAGCGAUGAAUGUGACAAUGCCUUUGAUAACAUAGCUGCAGAGGGGAAGGGAGUGAUCAUCACCGCCAUGUGACACCCGAUGCACCAAUAGAGGCUUACCGUCUGUCAGCCCACCUGGCCACCAUCUCCCAAUGGGGCCUGUGUCUCGCUGUCUUUGGUAAAAGUGCCACUAUUUAACAUAUAUCUAACAGUUUUGCCUGGUGCUGGUGGCAGACUGAGGAAGCAGAAAUCUGGAAGUUUUAGCAAAACCCCAGCCGAAGAUGGUACAGCUAAAAUAUCCCUCAUCAAAUCUCUCGUUCUUUUUAAAUGCAGUGUGUUGGUGAUCUAAUAGCACUGAGUUAGUGUUCUUGUGUAAUUUUGUUUGUUUUUUAUAUAUUAAAUUUCACUUAUUCUAUUUUUGUGAGAACACCAGUCUUUGACCAUAGCAUUAAAGGUUAAACACGUACACAC